AACUUUUGAAUUGAAGAUAUAAAAAAGGAAUGUUUACGUUUUUCAGUAGUCUAUUAUUUUAACUUAAGACUUCAUUCUAAUCUAGAUCUAUCUAGAUCUCAAGAUCUUAAUGCUUAGGUCUAAAUUUAAGCUCAAGAAAUUUAUUGGAGUCUAAGUCUAGGCUCUAGAGUAGUAUAACCCAUAGAUCUAGUAAUAAAUAAGUCUGUACUGUCACUAAAAUAAUAAAAAUAACGUGUAACUUUUUUAACACUCACUCAGAGUCACUGACUCAGUUGACUAAGUAAAAGUUAAAACUAAUAAUUAUAAAAACACUAGAUCUAAGUUUACUAAAUGAGUCUAAUGAUUUAAAUUAUUUAAUUAUUCUAAUCUAAAACAUUUUAUUUUAACUUAGACGACUUAAAUUUAGUCUCUGUCUUUGAGUAAAACUACAUCUAAAAUUAAUUUUUUAUCCAAGUCCAAGAGAUAAAAAGAAUUUUAAUUUAGAAACUUUGCCUUUGGUAUACCGAAAUUUUUAGUAUCUCUCUAACUCUAGGAUCUAGAAUACUCUAGACUCUAGAUUAUAUUAUUACUAGCCUAACUAGUCUCUAGAGAUCUAGAUCUAUCUCAGUAUCACCAAUCACUGGCUGGGUAUCUGUCACUCACUCACUGACUCAGUGACUGUUCAUCUCAGAAUCUAUGACUACGUGAAUCUAACUCAAGAUAUAUUAAUAAUGGGAAAUAAUCAAUCUGAGCCUAGUGAUGAUGAAAACCAAAAAUAUUUGUUUCACGAAAAAACACUAAAAGAAGCUGAAAAUGACUUGAACGUAAUAUUCCCCCCAUGCCAAUCAAAUGAAGACGAAUAUUUUAGUGCAGACGAAGGUGACAGUGUAAGGAGUAUUACUCCUCCACGAACUCGGCCUGAAUCAUCCUCAGAAGAAGAAGUCUCUGAUAGUGGAGAUAAUGGAGAAGAAAGUUGUCUGGCUGAGCAGCCAAAUUCUGAUUUGGACAUUAAAAUAGCAGCCAAGUCAAACUUAAGAUCAAAAAAGAGCUGUGGCCAAUGCAAUGUUAGUACUUUCCAGGAGCAUGAUAGCAUUGGUCCUGAGAUAGCAGCCACCAGACGAGCAGGCAGAAAUUCUGCAUAUUCUGCCCAGAAUCAAAGUGCUAAUGCCUCACUUCCAGUGGGCAUUGCAUUGUCUUCUGAAAUAUCACCAUUUAAACCCAUUACAUCAGAUUCCUCAAUUAUUGAAGAUAGGUCUACCUCAAAAGUAGGUAGCCGCCAUAAAAUUAAUUGUAGUAAACGCAAACGUCUUGGAUAUUUUGAAUCUGAUUCUGAGGAAAAUGAAGAGCAGGAAAACUCAGGAUCACCAGUGGAUGAAAAAAAGAAAGCUUCCAACAAAAAAGUAAAACAGAGUACUUCAAGUUUCCCAGUAGUGGUGACCACCAAGAAAGCACUUUACCUACAAAGAAAUCAAGAUACUGACAGUGAGAACUCUGAUUCUGAUAAAGCUGAUUCAAUAAAUAAAAGAAUUCCACCACUAAGGAAACGCCCCCAAGGGAGGGGGUCUUCAACAAAAGAAACACAGGCAUAUCUGGGUCAAAAUGUUUUAGCUGUUGCGAACAUAGAAGGAAGUCCCAUGGAUCAUGGGGCACAGAGCUCUGAAAAUGUAAAUGAGGAUGUGAUCUCAUCUAAGCUGAUUCAAAGGGAAAGUGAAAAAAAGUGUGCUGCAUCUACGAAAUCAGAUAACAGGCAUAACAGAAAUCCUCUUGAUAAGGUGGUUCCUAACAGUCAGAGGGUUUCUUCAGACUUGAUAAUUGAGGGUUGUAAGGCAACUCCUUAUUCUUCCACACCUCCCAUGGUAUCACAGCUGACUAAUUCAGUUGCUACCAACACUGUAGUUAAUUCUGGUAAUUCUGCUUUUGUCUCAACUCGUCCUGAGGGCAUCAGAAGGCCAUUCCCAACCCCACGCCAACAGCCUGAGAAUUCUGCUAACACAUCUACUACUUCUCAUCACAGUGUUGACAAAGUUGAAGACUCUAAGUCACCUUUCAAAGAUGUUGUUCUCACCCCUACUAAAUUGGCCAAUAGAAAUGACUACAGAUGGUCAGCCAUGAGGGACAGUACUGCUGGCAUAAACUGUCAGCAGCAGUGUUUGAGCUGCGAAAGUGAUCUCAUGGAAGUAGAUGACCAAUCUAAUUCAAAUGUUUACUGUCCAGAUUAUAGGAACAAAAAACAUAACAGUAACUUAACAGCAGAAAAUUUUAAAAGAAUCUGGUCCGAAAAGAAAAAAAACAUCAGCUCAAAUUUCAAAUCAUUUAUCAAAUCUUUAUCACCCUCCACUUCCCUUAACUCAAAAGAUGAUAAUCAAAAGUCAUUUGUUUCAACACCACCAAAGCCAGUCAUAGCUACAAAUGAAGCAUUUGUAUUGAAGCAACCACAAAAUACCAUAACCACAUAUGUGAGCAGUGAACGGAAACAAAGAUCUUUUGUAAGCUCUUCACCCCAUGAAAGCCGAUCCCGACAACAUUCCCCAGCCAAAACAGACAUAUCACCAGCUCAGAAGAACUCUCCAAUAAGUGCACUCUCAUGGCCUAAGAUGUCACCAAUUUCUUCAUCUCAGACUCUUCAGAAAACAUCAAAUCAGAAAAAUGAUGAAACUUUUCAAAGUCACAGCUUUAUUUCAGAAAGUUCUGCAAGUUCAGAAAGAGUUACCCGGGUCUCAGGAUUAUCUACUCCAGGCAGCAGCUAUCAAAAUACUUCAUUUGAUUUUCUGGAUAAAUUAGCCAUCAACAUACUUCCUAAUUCAGCAUCAAAUGAGGUCCUAAGUUUUAAGCUUGCUGGCCUAUUUGCUGUCCGCAUAAGUGUCAGUGAUUUGUCAGAGCAGUCCACCGUCGGCAUCGUUAAUUGGACUGAUGGAGGACUUACUCACACAGUGACUCCGUGCAGCCAGAAGAUAGCAGCCAAAGCUGGGGCUUUGAUGAGAGCUGCUUGCAGUGAUUACAUUGAAAAUAAGGGAAGUGAUUUAGAGGCCCCUGACGUACUGACUACUCCAGCAGGUGGACAGUUUGAUAGAUCAGUAGAGGCUUUGUUACAUGUAGUAGCCCCCCACUGGAUAGAGGGGAAUGAGACUAUCAACAAGCAAGCUCUUUUGGAAGUGUAUGCCAACUGUUUAAGAUUUGCUGAUGAAAGGCUUGGCCUGGAUAGUUUAUCUUUCCCAAUCAUUGGAGAAGAUUAUUAUCCUGUGGAUGUGUGCAUCGAAGCAUUCUUUGAUUCUCUGAUUGUCUACUUGGGAGAGCAUACCUCAUCACCACCCAGGCUAACUUUGAUUCAGCUGAUAACGCCCAAUCCCGAUGUGGCUCAGUUUGCUGCAGACUUUAUAGUGCCUCGGAUGAACGAGAGGUCUUCAGGUGACAGUUCAAAUGUGGCCAGUGCUACAAAGUGUCCUUCCGCAAGCACUCCUACAGAGAGAUCAUCAGAAGAAAACAAUAGAGAUAGAGCUCCAUCUGGCCGCCUACGAGUCAAAAGACCACGAUUGUAAAAAAAAAUAUUUUAAAAAUGCGCAUGUGCAUUUUAAAAUGUACACUGUAAUCUACUUGUCUAAAUGUAUAAAUUUAACCUAUGUAUAAAACUUAAGUCAAUUAGGUACAUUACCUAUUAUAAUUUUUAUUAGAUUUUUUUUAGUAUUUAUCCUUGAAUGUCAAUUGUCAUAGUUUUAUAUAUUUUUUAAUAACCCUGAAGUCUGAGCUGAGCUUUUUUUUUUUGUUUAACCUAUGCAUGAUGAUGGCCCACAGAAUGAUACUGGUAUGUGGUUUUAAGAUUUUGAUCUUUUGUGAAAACAUUUCUAUGGGUUAUUUUUAUUGUUGUUAAGUAAUCUAAAAUUGGGCAAAAAAGAUCGUAUAUAACUUUUGGUUAAAGGAAGUAUAUUUGCUUAAAGGUUCUGAUAAUUUUUCCUAAUCAAAUAUUAAAAUAAACAACACAUUUAGAAAGACAUUUUUAAUAUUCAUUGUUCACAAUUGUGAUACAUAUUUGUAAAGAUAUUCUAAAUUUAAAAAUGAAAUUUUAACAGUAAAACAUUGACUUUCAGUUAGUAAUCAUUAUGGUUUAACUUUUGCACUGAACUGUGGGCCAACAUUACACAAUUACUUACUCUCUAAAUUAACAUGCAAUUUUUAAUGGGAAACACAGUUUGACAAUAUUGCAUAUUACAACAAUAUUGCUUAUUUUAUGCUGCUUAAUUUCUAGUAAAUUUUUAUCCUUUUAUAUUGUUCCUUACCAUUAUAUAUGUAAAGCAUAUAUUUAGAACUAUUGAUAUGUAGGAAAGGGUUUCCCACUGUGCACUUCAGAUAAGUGUUAUAUGGUAGAGAGAAGUAUCUGUAAAUAUUACUGAAUAUAAGCUUAAAAUAUGUUAUUCAGAUGUUUAUGCUGCUCAAAACUACUUGCCAGCAAAUGUGGUGCUCUAAUUACUGCAGGCGAAUCCCUUGGCUUUGACAUGGAUUGUUUUAGGUGAGAACCUGGUGGGAGAUGAGAAGAGGAACCUAGGAUAUUCUUAGUCAACAGACAUUCAUUUAGUUAACUCUUUCUCUCCGUAAUUAUUUUCCACGUUCUUACUGUAUUAUUCAUUUUCUCAUAUGUAUUUCACUACCCUUUUCUUAUUAAACUGUAAUAAGUUUUAUGCUUGUUAUCAGAAAAUGUUAUAUUUGGUAUAGAAUUAAAUGAGAAUGCAUGCCCUUUUUUAAGAAAACAAAUUGAUGUUUAUCAAACCAAAAUAAAAGUUUAUUCUGGAUAAUGGUAUUUAAAAAUAAAAACUUACCCACUGUGGAAAAGUCACUUUAGAAGUAGAUCUAGACUAGAUCUAGGCAAUAUUUUAUGAUCCAAAUUGAGCUAAAUGUAUUCUUUAAUGAUAGUUAUUCAUAUUUAAAAAAAAGUAUUAUAUUAAUAUAUAACCUUUCAGUUUAUUGUCUUUAGGUCACUAUCCCAUAUUACCACUCCUGAAAAAUGCAUAUAAAAAAAUAGAGCCUUUUUAAAGCCCCCACUCUUUAAUAACAUUGUUUUUGGUAAAAAUACAUUAAAAAUGAAAAGAAAACCUUAUUUUUUUUAAUAGGGAAAUUAUUCAAAAUAAAUUAUAAGCAAUUAAAAACAUUUGGGGAGGAAAGAAAACCAAACUGACAUCAAUGACAAUAUCAUUGAUUAGGCUGCAGAAUGGAGUAAAAUCAAUGAUGGUAUCAUCAAUUAGGAGAGAAAGAGUUUAAGCAGUAAAAUGUUUUAUAUGUUUCCGAUGUUCCUUCAGAGUUGAAGAUAAUUUACUUUCUAGUCCAAACCUCCCACAGGAUGACAGGGGAUGGAAGCGGGCAGAUUUUGAUCCCAGGACUAUCCUUAAGUCCGAACGACAGUCCUGCAUGCAAACCACACGACCAAGCAGUAUUUCCCGAACUUUCUCAACGGAACACUUCGCAUAUUUGGAGAAUUUAGCUGAACACUUUGCUUAUAUUUUAAACUAGAUUAUUUUCUGUUUUUUUAAUAAAACAAUAAAAAUAAUUAAACCAUUUUCUAAAUUUAGCUUUAUUAGUUUUUUUCAGAUAUAUAACUAGGCCUAUAAUAAAAUACAUACAAAAACUUGUGAAAAAAAUAAGGUUGAUUAACUUAGACCCUAACCAUAACUUUUUUAUUAUCACGAUAUUGGUAAGAGAAAUUCUAAAAUCUGAUGUGGCAUUGAGCCUGUUUGUAGACUUUUACUUUUGUGCAACAUAAUCAGAGAAUCCUACAUUGCACAAAAAGGUGGUAGACAACUGAAACAAGAAUGGCUUGUUUGAAAUAUGAGGUGCUAAGGCUGGGUGGUCAUUUGCUUGGAUUCUAAAAAGGGGAUCCUGAGUUUGAAUCCUAGUGAAGACUGAGAUUUUUAGUUUCAGUAGCUUUAAGGUGCCUUCGAGUCCACUUAGCUCAAAUGCGGUUGGCCGUUGUGCUGGCCACAUGACACUGUGCUCAUUAAUUGUGGCCCGCAUGAUCUGAAAGGGGAACUUAUUUGACACAUUUCCAUACGGUAAUUAAUUAAUAUGUAUAUCUAUUCAUUAAUUACUCCAUAGUUCAUGGAACAAUCAUUCAGGAACACAGUUUGGGAAAGAAACACAGAGUUGUAAUUAAAUGAUGUAAGUUGUCUGUAAUGCUUAACCAAGAGAAUCUGAUCAUUCCACCAAUGCAGAACAUAAUGAUUAACAAAAUUUAAUACAUUAGUUUCACUAUGAAAACUAAAACUUAAUAAAGGUGGUGUUUUUUUUUCUUAUGAUUAAGACACUAAGCAUAUAUGUAUUAACAUUUAGUUAAAGCAUUUUUAAAUAAAGUAAAUUUUUAAGAUCAAUGUGUAGUUGUGUUUUAUCGCAAUAAAUGAUUUAUAACUAUCUAUCAAAUUAUUCUUGUGGCAGAACUGUUCCUUCAGAAAGCAAGAUUAAUAGAAUUAUGCCAUAGUUCUGCAGAAUGUCAGAGUUUGAUCUCACAAGUUGGAAUCUUAUAACUCUCAGCCAGGCAGCUAUCCUAUACCACAAUCAUUUUAGUCAUGAGGAAAGGUUGGGGAUGUCUUACUUUAGAAUAAUCAGUUGGAAUUAAAAGCUAAUUACUAAAACUAAGUACCAGUGUUGGUACUUUAUGGUCUUUAAUGUGCUGUAAACUAUAAAUAUGUACUAUCAACUGGUAGAAGAAUGUAUGUGACCAAUAUAAGUUAGUGAUUGAUGCUGUACCAGUAAUCGAUUGUAUGAACAGGAAACAAAUUAGCAGUGAGACCUUGUCCUAUCCCAACUCAUUAUGUUAAAACACUUAUCCUUUAGUCUCUGUUAGAGCAUAUGAUCUGGCUACCUGUAGUAUUGUCUUAUGUUCAAUAUAACAAAGGUUGAAUACAUACAUUUGUUUACAAAUUAUUAUAUGAACAAAAUAAUGUGAAAAUAAAACUUGUGCUGAAUCUUUAGCAUUGAUGUUAGGCAUCUUGGUGUGUAUGUGAUCAAAUUAGUACUGGUAUAGAAAAUUCUAACAUAUGGAGUGUAGAAUCCAUGCAAUGCCUACUCUUUUCUAAAUUUACAUCAGGAUUUUUUUUAGCUUUUUAAUAUAAGCGAAGAAUAACAUUUAUAACGGUCCAACAGACUAAGGGAUAGGUAAAGGUAAACAUCUUUCUGUAAGCAUACAAUUGUGAAAAAAUGAUUAACCAUAAGAUGAACUUUAUUUAAUGUACAAGAAAUAAAACAUCAAUCCAUG